ACAUGCUUAUAUUUUUUCCUAAGAGCUCUACCACUGCCUUGUCGUAGUAAACUUUAGAAAAUGUUGAGAAUCCAAAGAGCUGCCUACAGACCAAAUGGCAUGCUUGCUUUGGCAGGCUCAGCGUCUCAUUUCGGCUUCUCUCACCCCCUCUAGCGUUUGCAAAGCUCAUGUGUCUGAUUAUCCAGUUUACCUCACUGAACAAGAGCUUGCCUAAGUCCUGCCCAUCUAUGACAUCACCCCCUUCCUCAACCACUACGAGGUGAAGCUUUAAACUUCAGACUUGGAGGUGGGCUGAAUGCAGUAGGCUGGAAGACUCUCCCUCGCUCACUUCUCAGCGCAGGAGUGAUCCGAAGCCGGACAAACUCAGGCUGCAGCUUCUGUUGGUUUUGUGUGGACUGGACGCAGCACUUGGGAGACAGGAAGGGUUAUUUUUCCAAUUCACAGUCAAUGGAAUUACAGCUCUAAACAGCAGUGUAUAUAGGAUUGCUUUUUCCCAUCUUCCUGGAGAUACUCAGUCCUCAUCUAUUUUAAGGAAGAGAAAUACAGAAGAAAAUUAGUGUGCUUCCUUUUCCUUCCAUGAAGAACAUUCAGAUUGUUUCUUUUACCUCUUAAAAGAGAAUACCUGUACUUCUAUAACGUGACUGGACCAGAAAUUCUGAGAAAACAGCAAGAAGCAAAAGCUGGAAAUCACUGUUUCACAGCAGGUAAUCAUACUUCAGGACGUAACUACUGUACAAAGUUUAUACUUGGAUAAUCCUGGAAGGGAAUAAAGGUAGGGGGUAACUGCCUGAAAAACCUAUUACUAUACAGGCCUUAGCAUCAUGAAUGGCUUUCUUCAUGAGGAUCUGAAGUUACUAUCUCUGACCACUUUGCACAGAAGAGCCAAUCAGAAUUUCAAAGAGGGCAAUUUCCACUAAGGGAAUUAAGCUACACAAAAGAAACCUUCACACAGAAACUCUAUCAGAAAGGAGGAGGAAAAAAAAUGAAAGAAACAUAGGAAGCCAUGUGUCCUGCAUAGUAACAGGAAGCUGAAUUGUUUCUGGCCCCUACUUUCAUGUGCUUGCCCACCAAACUGAACCACAGCUGGAAUGUUCAUUGACAACAGCGAGCCUCAUCUAGAGGUGUGUGCGGCAUAGGAUUACUUGAAUAAACAGUGAAGAAUAUUUCCAAGGACUAAACAAGAGUUUGUAAGUCCCAGCCCCUCACCAGGAAAAAUAAUAUACGUGCAUUGGACUCUCACCCCACGCAAAAUUUAAUCACAUCAUUCAAUAAGGUUAACAGAAGCUACCUUGUGUAAGGACCUUAACACUGCUGACCAUGAUCAGCCCAGCCUGGAACCUCUUCCUCAUCGGAACUAAAAUUGGGCUGUUUUUACAAGUAGCACCUCUAUCGGUUAUGGCUAAAUCCUGCCCAUCCGUGUGUCGCUGUGACGCGGGUUUCAUUUACUGUAAUGAUCGCUUUCUGACCUCCAUUCCAGCAGGAAUACCGGAGGAUGCUACAACUCUCUACCUUCAGAACAACCAAAUAAAUAAUGCUGGGAUUCCUUCAGAUUUGAAAAACUUGCUGAAAGUAGAAAGAAUAUACCUAUAUCACAACAGUCUAGAUGAAUUUCCUACCAACCUUCCAAAGUAUGUAAAAGAGUUACACUUGCAAGAAAAUAACAUAAGAACUAUCACUUAUGAUUCGCUUUCUAAAAUUCCAUAUCUGGAAGAAUUACACUUAGAUGAUAACUCUGUCUCUGCUGUUAGCAUUGAAGAGGGAGCAUUUCGAGACAGCAACUAUCUCCGACUCCUCUUUCUGUCCCGUAACCACCUUAGCACAAUCCCCUGGGGUCUGCCCAGGACUAUAGAAGAAUUACGCUUGGAUGAUAAUCGCAUAUCUACUAUCUCAUCGCCAUCUCUUCAAGGUCUGACUAGCCUGAAACGCCUAGUGUUAGAUGGAAAUUUGUUGAACAAUCAUGGUUUAGGUGACAAAGUUUUCUUCAACCUAGUUAAUUUAACCGAGCUGUCCUUGGUACGGAAUUCCUUGACGGCAGCACCAGUAAACCUUCCAGGCACAAACCUAAGGAAACUUUACCUUCAAGAUAACCACAUCAACCGGGUGCCCCCAAAUGCUUUUUCUUACUUAAGGCAGCUGUACCGACUCGACAUGUCCAAUAAUAACCUAAGCAAUUUACCUCAGGGUAUCUUUGAUGAUUUGGACAACAUAACCCAACUGAUUCUUCGCAACAAUCCCUGGUACUGCGGAUGCAAGAUGAAAUGGGUACGUGACUGGUUGCAGUCACUGCCUGUGAAAGUUAAUGUGCGUGGACUCAUGUGCCAAGCCCCAGAGAAAGUUCGGGGGAUGGCUAUCAAGGACCUCAAUGCAGAACUGUUCGAUUGUAAAGAUAGUGUGAUUGGAAGCACCAUUCAGAUGACCACUGCGAUACCCAACACAGUGUAUCCUGCUCAAGGACAGUGGUCAGCUCCUGUGACCAAACAACCAGAUAUUAAGAACCUCAAGCCUGCUAAGGAUCAGCGAACAACGGGGAGUCCUUCAAGAAAAACAAUUAUAAUUACUGUGAAGUCCAUCACCUCUGACACAAUUCAUAUCUCCUGGAAACUUGCUCUACCUAUGACUGCUUUAAGACUCAGUUGGCUUAAACUGGGACAUAGCCCAGCAUUUGGAUCUAUAACAGAAACCAUCGUCACAGGGGAACGUAGUGAAUACUUGGUCACAGCCCUGGAGCCUGAUUCACCCUAUAGAAUAUGCAUGGUUCCCAUGGAAACCAGUAACCUUUACCUAUUUGAUGAAACUCCUGUUUGUAUUGAGACGGAAACUGCGCCUCUUCGAAUGUACAACCCUACAACCACACUCAACCGAGAACAAGAGAAAGAACCUUACAAAAAUCCAAAUUUACCUUUGGCUGCCAUCAUUGGCGGGGCCGUGGCCCUGGUGACCAUUGCCCUUCUGGCUUUAGUGUGUUGGUAUGUUCAUAGAAAUGGGUCCCUCUUUUCAAGGAACUGUGCAUACAGCAAAGGGAGGAGAAGAAAGGAUGACUACGCAGAAGCUGGCACUAAGAAGGACAAUUCUAUCCUGGAAAUCAGGGAAACAUCUUUUCAGAUGUUACCAAUAAGCAAUGAACCCAUCUCCAAGGAGGAGUUUGUAAUACAUACCAUAUUUCCUCCUAAUGGAAUGAAUCUGUACAAAAACAAUCACAGUGAAAGCAGUAGUAACCGAAGCUACAGAGACAGCGGAAUUCCAGACUCAGACCACUCACACUCAUGAUGCUGAAGGAUCCUCAGCAGACUAUGUUUCAGGUUUUUCAAACCUAAGGGAGGUGAUGGUAGGAAUCCUGUUCUACUGCAAAACACUGGAAAAAAGACUGAAAAAAAAAGCAAUGUACUGUACAUUUGCCAUAUAAUUUAUAUUUAAGAACUUUUUAUUAAAAGUUUCAAAUUUCAGGUUACUGCUGCGAUUGAUGUAGUGGAGAUGCCUGAACACAAUUCUAUAUUUUAGUAUUUUUUAGUAAUUUGUACUGUAUUUUCCUUGCAAAUAUUGAAGUUAUAAACCAUUUACUUUGUGUUCUACUGAGUAAGAUGACUUGUUGACUGUGAAAGUGAAUUUUCUUGCUGUGUUGAACAAUCAGGACUGCGUUCACAUGAGAUCCUUGUAGUAUAAGCACAGGCCAUUUUUCACUUUGGUAUUAAUAAAAUGUAAAAAAAUAAAGAAUGGGCUGAAUGAGAAAAAAAGAUAAAUUUCAAAACUAGCUAUGAAAUAAUGUUCUAAUUAUUAAAUUUGUAUUAUCCCAGUGGUAUUCAAUAAAUCAAAAUAUGUGAAGUAAUGGGCAAUAUCUAACGUGCUGCAUAUUUCCAUUAAAUUAAAUACCCUUAAGAAAGUUAAGCAAAUCUUCUGAACUGAAUGCAUCAGCUGGCAUAAAGGAAUGUGAAGUCUCUUGUUAAAAUCAUUACCAAUAAAGCUUUAAGAAUAAAGGACUUCACAAAAACAACAAUGUAAACAUGCUUCUAAGUUAGGGGAGGAAUAUGUACUUAGGAAAAAAAACAUGAAAACUUAGACUUGUACAUGUAAUAAACAAGUACUAGAACUGCAUUUUGGUUUCAUCUAUACCAUCUUGAUUUUUUACAAAGUGAAUUGUAAACACAAAACAGUUAGUGUUUAUGAUGUUUUUUAUUGUAAGAUAUCACAGAACAAGCUUAUCUAUUAUUAAAAAGGUAGCAUAACCAUAAGCAAUUCCCCUCAGUGAUCCAGAAAAAGUAGUGCUCUAAAGUGAGAACUCAAAGGAAAAAUACUAGAAAUCAAAUUUAGAUCAGGUUUAUGUGAAACAUUUUUAACACUGUACAUAAAAUGUUCAAUUCACUUUCACGAUGAUCAAGAAUACUGCCCAUUACUGUCACAGUUUUCCAAAUAUUACAUAAUAAACUUGUACCAUUUCUUUAUUGCUUCCUACUGAAUUGUAAGCUACAACUUGUCUCAAAACCAUAUCACUUUUUGUUGUCUUUUUUUUUCAACAAAAAACCAAAGUGCAUUGUACGCCCUUUGGCCAGUCUUGUAUGUGCCUUGAUCCAACGCUACAUGUAUUCAGCUUUUAAAACUCGACAAAUUUUUCAUACUUCCUUAAAUAUGAAAAAUUAUGGUCUUAUUGCUGAAUAAAACUUAAGAAAAAAGUACAGAAUAAUCGUGCUUGCUUUCGGGAUUAUGUUACUAUCAUGAAAGUAGCAAAUUGCCCAGCACAUUAGUCCUAAACACCCCAUGUAUUUUUGUAGGGAUAAAAAUAAAAGUUGGCUACAAAUAAAAAAAUAGCAAUAUUUUGAGGCUGUGUAUCAUUUUACUUCAAAGAAUCAGUGUUGUAUGUAUAAAUUCAUUUUGCUUAUAUGUUCUACAAAUGGAAAACUUUAGAAAUGGACUUUAUCCUUUCUUGUGCAUUGCUGCCAUUGUUGUGGCUGCUAGCUCUCAAGGUGCUCUUUGAAAAAUGCUUUCAGGUAUAGUGGGUUGUCACCAAAUGAUUUGAAAUUUUGUAUCUACCAUUUAAAUGGUGUGUACUUACAAAGUAAAACCCUCUUCCUGGCUCAGUUUCUCCAAAUGUAAAUUUUUUUUAUUAAUAUCACCCACUUCACAGAGUUGUGAGUGCUAAGAAGAAACCUAUGAAAACUGUAUAAACAAGUUCUGCAAAUUCUGGAAAUCUGCCAUAAAUUCCCAGAGGUUUGCCAGUUAUUGCUGUUCAUACAACUGUGCUGACACAAAACUUUCCAACAGACUAUGAAAUAUUCAUCAUUCAUUUGUCAUCUUCAAAACGUUUCCAACAAUUUCUUAUUUUAUUCCUGUUUUAGAGGACAUUUGUUCCUAGGAAAAACUUAACCAACUUAAGUGUUCUC